CUAGUGUUCCACCAAUUAACCCUUAAAUUCCUGUAGUGUCCUUAGAUGUCCUUACAGUGUCCUUGAAGGUUGGAUGACCUUGAAUGUCCUUCUCAGUGUUGAAAUUAUAUUGCUUAGAUAUAGAUAUUAAUUAUUUAAUCAACCGCUACCACUCUGUGACACCGGCUACUCAGUGGGGUACUCAGUGUUAUAAACUCGUAGGGCUUUCAAGGCCCACCAAGGCACAGCGGAAUAGUAGACACAAUCAAGCAUGAACUUGUGAUAGCCCACCAGAGAGUAUCCCAUUGGCAAGACGGUAUCCAAUGAGUGACACUGUCUUAUCUAUUGGAUACUAACUUUGCUACGGAAAAUCUGAUUGGAGAUAAAUUGUCUAUGACAAGUUAAUGGUUCACUGGUGGUGAAAAGGUCUGCAGUCACCUACAAGAUGGGCACUGCUGUGCAUAUGGUCCUUGUGCUCUGUUUCAUGCUAUUCGGGCAGACUUUAACCAUUUCUAACCCGGAUCUACAGCAGAGGCUCCGGGAUCUGGACACUUUCAUCCAGACCCUGAUGACAUGUGAGUCCAGGCCUGUAGUCGGACUGACCGUGUCCGUGGUCAAGGACGGCGAAUCCAUUUUCGCCAAGGGGUACGGCCAGAGGGACCUGCUGACGGGACAAGCUGUGGACAACACGACUCUGUUCGGAGUCGGCUCCAUCUCCAAGUCCUUCACCACAGCCCUGUUAGCGGCCAUUCUCGGGGAGAGGGAAGACGUGGGCUGGGACACCGUCCUGACGGACAUCCUGGGGCCGGACUUCAGUUUCAGGGACCAAUUCCGCACCAAGGAGGCGACCUUGAGAGAUAUCCUUGCGCACAAAACCGGCAUAGAAAACCAGAAACUUGCUUUGAGAGUAGUACAGGAUUUCGACAGAUCGGAACUGGCAAGACGAAUACGGUACUUCAGACAGAUCUACCCAUUCCGUACCGUCUGGCAUUAUAACAACGCUUUGUACACCCUGGCUGGGCACGUAGCGGAGAAGCUAACAGGGAAGUCCUACGAAGCCCUCUUGCGGGAACGAGUAUUGGGACCGCUGGGCAUGGACGACACAGUGUACUUGGCCGACGUUCUCGAUGAUGAAGAUUUCUCCAAUUUAGCCCAGACGUACCUGACCUAUAACAGAACAGGUCAAUCUGUGGCGUACAGUCACGAGGAGUUCAGGCCUCUCAAGUUACAUCUUCCUGCAGGAGGUGUGGUGUCCAACGCCUUGGACAUGGCCCGGUACAUGAACUUCCAGCUGAGCGGGGGGAGGGACGCGGCCGGCCGCCUGGUGGUGCCGGAGGACACCUUACGGCAGACCCACGUGGCAGAGCUCCCCUCGAAGUUUAACCCCAACAAACUUGAACCUGACUGGCCAGUAGAGGCGGGGACGGAGCAGGGCUACGGGUUGGCGUGGUUUGUUGGCACCUACCGAGGAUACAGGCGACUACAACACAAUGGCUUCGUGGCAGGCUAUACGUCUCUCCUGUCCCUGUACCCUGCCGCUUCGGGAGGAGUUUUCACCUCCGUCAACGGCCCCAAUGCAGCGGGCAUUGACGUCCAUGAAAUCAUCCACGACCUGGUCGGGGACAUCGUAACAGGUAAGGACCAUUGGCUUAACGACACCACAGCCUGCACCUAUCCUGAACCUUGGUUGACGAGACCAAAGCCCAACAGCACCGACCUCCCUGAGAUCUCGGACAACUUCCCGCGAGACAAACGUGACUACGAAGGAGUCUACGGCAACCGUGUGGCAGGCAACCUGACCAUCAGCCUGAACACGACCGACGGCAACUUAUACUUCAGUCUUGGUCUGAUCGGACGGGGUCUAGUUCUCCCUUCCACCUCUCCUACCCGCAUUCUCCUACGGGCGGGAGAACCUUUAGUAUAUACCCCCAACAUUGUUGCCGAUGUAGAAGAAAAAGAUGGUGACGUCUUUUCUCUGUCAGUAGAAAGCUAUGCUCCUGAACCCCCUAUCGUAUUCGAACGAGGAUUGAAGCUGACAGACCCGGACCCUACAGAGCCGAAAUGGGACGACUGCACCGGCGUCUCUGGCACUCCAAACCGCGCAGCUUCGAGUAACAUAUUCAUGAUUUUGAUCCUUUUGGCUCUGUUUACCACCUAAUCUGAUUCACAAAAGCAGAAGAAGAUCAAUGGGCCCCUUUUGGAUGUGAUAUAUUUCCUAAGUCACCGACGCUAAGUCACCUGUCAUAAUGAUAUUUUCAUAUAUGCUAAUGACACAAGUAUAGUAACUAUACUUAUCUCCUUGUCAAACGUCACAGGAAUAUUGAACAGAAUGAACAUAGGACUUAAUUAAUCAACCGAGCUAUCAAUGAUUAUACAAUAAACUAGAGUUACACAACUUCAUACCUUUAUGACCAACUGAUUAUGAAUGUUUUACAUUAAUUAUGCAAAUGUAUGAAUUCGCAAUAAAAAGCAAAUUAGGUUUACCAAGAAAUCCUAAUUUAGGGUUACCAAAAAACCUAAAUUAGGGUUACCAAAAAACCCUAAACCAAGAAACCUAAAUUAGGAUGACCAAAAAGCCCUAAAUUAGGGUUUGCAAAUAGUGUACCUAACACAGUGUACCUCAAAGUACGCAUUAUCUAUCUCCUUUUGAAAUAAUGUAAGAAAUCAACGUACGAAAAAUAGAUGAUUUGUCAAGCAAUAAAACCGGUAUCUUAUAAAAUUGUACCAUUGCAUCGAAGACGUCAAUGUGCUAUCUCCCACUGCCUCCUGAGAAGAAGUCAA